UGUCGGGUCAUUUCGAAGUUUCGCGCCAAACUAGGGAAGCAAAGUGUAAACAGUCCCACACAGCAGAAGUUAGCUAGCUCGCUAAUUACUUGGCGGAUACCUACAGUGAGUUUUUAAUGGAGACACAGUCGUACCUUCCCGUGCCUCCUGGGGUGGGGAUGGAAGAGAAUUUCUUCUCUCUUGACGACAUUUUGCUUUCUCACGAGAGGCUACCUAGUCGGACAGAAUGCACAUUUCCCCGACUUGGAUUCCUGGAGAAAUCGAGUGACUCGCGAGACAUUCAAGAGGUCAGUCGAACAUGUGAAACAAUGUAGAGCUAGCUAAACAUUCCAUCCGAUAAUGUUACUGUGUAGCCGCUGAUCUCAUUACCUGUGCCCCCGUGGCUAUUAGCUAACUAAGUAGUUAUUAUUGUAGUUAUCCACUUGGAAUUCCUGCUGGUUAUUCAGUCACCUCGUCCACUAGCCCUUGAUCAUGACUCUCAGUUCCAUUACAGAUAAGUCACUGCAGGAAAGCAAAAGGACGUUGAAAAGACAUCUAAAAUACGUAUUUUCCAGACGUUGAAGUUAACUUCAAUUUAGGUUCUGAAUGAAAGUUGAAAAUAAACCAAACAGACGUUUAUGAUUGUUUCAGAUUUGUUCCGGACCGGACCUAAAACAAUGUCUGUGAACGUGGAAAUCAAGGCUGGUCCGGACUGCACCAAAAACAAAUCAUUCAAAAGACAUCGGCUCGUGCUUACUGGGGUGUAGCCUACGAUGUCAGCCAGCAAUGGAAUUUUAUGAAUGCCUAUCCAUGUGGUAGGCCCACCGUUUGUAAAACAGGCCGAUACAUUGGCUUUAUUAGUCCUGAUUCCUGUGACAAAUCAAUUAGGCUAUUUAAGCUCUGAAUAUCAGCAACCCAACUUUAUCAGAAGCUAUCGUGAGCUUAUUUUCAGCGUGUUUACACAGAAGUAUUUUCUUUUUCGCUAUGAUCAGCUUGUCAAAAAUGGACAGAUACAAACUUGAAACCAAUAUCGGGCUACUUAUUCACCAGACAUGCGCAAUUAGCUUGUUCAUAAGGUUAAUUAAUUAGUAAUGUCAACUAUUGAAAAACACUUUGUUUUGCUAAAUUGUUUUUAUUAGGGGUUCAAGUAGCGAAGAAAUGCUAUAGCGGUGGGUCAAAUAGGGAAGUAAAUGGAAAUAAAUGUGCCAAAAUUAUAUAAUUACUCCUGUCUGUACAGAAAUAAAUAGAAUCAUUCAAAAUACUACACCCAUGACUUAGCCACAGAGGAUUCGAGGAUCAUUAGCUUAUUUAAAAAAAUUGCUGUGGAUUGUUUCAAAUCACAAGGUGGGCCUAUGCCUAUUUGGGAAUCACCACAAUUUGGGCAGCGCGUUUGGCAAUAUGCCUAGCUGAUACAAACGUUUUAGUUUCUCAAAAUCAUUGUCACGUGGUUAAUCAUAAAAAUCGAAAUUAAAAUGAUACAUCUAAAAGUUAAAUCCACUAAUGCAAUAUCACCAGCCUUUGCCAUAUGGACACUUUGAUACACCAUUGUCGUCUAAAGAAAUGAGCGCAUGGGACUCAUAAUCAAUUUUUUAAUUUCGAUUUUUAUGAUUAACCACUUGACAAUGAUUACUAAAACUAAAACUUUAUUAUUGAAAUGAAAACUGUUACACACAAAUGUGCGUAUGAAAAUCAUAACUGGCACGCAGAAUGGUAGAAAUGGUUGGAUAAAUUGUAAGCUUCCCCAAACUUGAAACUUGCGCGCCACCUAUGAAGUCUUUAUAAAAUAAAGGAGCUGCAGGAGAAAUCCUGCUCAAAAUAGGCUCUGUGGGUGUGUGAUAGUUGUGUUGGAUAAAUAAGAUACAUGACUAAUGAAAAUACUCACAGGCCAAUUUAAUUCUACAAAAUUAUGCAAAUUAACCUAUAGACCGAUAAGCAUGAUGGUCAAAUGUAUUUCCAUUGAAUGGUAUUUCCAUCAAUAAAUAAAAAGCAUUACUUUUCAAUGGGAAUUUUUUCUCCCAGUCAUUUUGGCCGGUAACAGGAUUUAUUUUAUUUUAUUUAUCAGCCUUUUAUUUUUCCCGCCAAAAGACAGCAAUUGCCGGCUAAUGGAAACCCUGUCAGGGAUAUGAUUCUAGCUAAGUUGUAAAGUAUGGUUCAGUUCGGCACAUGGUGGCACUGUUUUACAGGAAAAACAUUUGAUGCAAGCUCAUUGGCUUGUAGCGGCCUUGUUGUUUGAGCAAGAGUCUUGGAAAAUAUUGCGUUUUGAAGACGUCCAUCCAUAGUCUCUAUAUACCAAAUUUGGUGCGACUGGUCCAGCAGUUCUGGAGAAGAUGUUUAAAGUAGUUAGCAUCAUUAGAAAUGGUCCAAAAUGCAUCAUCACCACGUUUUUUUCUUUUUCUGAUAUUUGGCAAGCGUGGUAAAGAGUACAGAAGUAGCUCAUCCUAGGGCAACAUGUCCAAUUUGUCCUGAUGGUGGCACAGUGGGCCCACAGCUUGAACCCUGGCAUUGCUGCUUGCAACUAUAUUUCUCAUUAUUAAUAGGAGACAUAUAAGCACCCACAAAUUGUGUAGCAAUAGGCCCAUAUAAUGUUAUCAAGUCAUGAGCCUCAUGAGUAGCCAAAAUCAAAUGCAUAAAUGAUAAAGUACAAAUGAUAAAGUACGACUGGGGUUUAUAUAUAAAUGCCUGGAGCAUUUCAAUUUUGGAGAAUCUAUUAUAAAAUGGGUUAAAAUCAUAUAUAGUAACCCUAAGUGUAAAAUGGUAAAUAAUGGCUAUUUCUCAGAAAGUUUGAAACUGUCAAGAGGAGUGAAACAAGGUUGUCCAUUAUCAACAUAUCUAUUUAUUAUGGGCAUCGAGAUGUUGGCUAUUAAAAUCAGAUCCAACAAUAAUAUCAAGGGAUUAGAAAUCCAGGGCUUAAAAUCAAAGGUGUCAUUGUACACUGAUGAUUCAUGUUUUCUUUUAAAUCCACAACAUGAAUCCCUCCACAGCCUCAUAGAGGAUCUAGAUACAUUUUCUAACCUCUCUGGAUUACAACCAAAUUAUGAUAAAUGUACUAUAUUACGUAUUGGAUCACUAAAAAAUAAAAUUUUUACAUUACCAUGUAGUUUACCAAUAAAAUGGUCUGAUGGUGAUGUGGAUAUACUUGGAAUACAUAUCCCAAAUGAAAUAAAAAAUCUCACUCCAAUACAUUUUAAUAGAAAGUUAGCAAAAAUAGAUAAGAUCUUGCUACCAUGGAAAGGUAAAUACCUGCCAAUUUGUGGAAAAAUCACCCUGAUUAACUCUUCAAUAUUAUCCCAGUUCACCUAUUUGCUUGUGGUCUUGCCUACGCCUAGCGAACAGGGAAGAAAAAAAAAAUAUAUAUAUAUAUAUAUAUAUAUAUAUUUUUCCCUUUAUUACUUUCCAACCCCACCACCCCUUCCCUAAUUGGAGUAAACUAGUGAACAACAAUGCUUAGGCCUCUACUUCCAGCUUAUUUGUUAUAUUUUUAUAUAUAUAUAAAACAUAUGGGAGAUUGGAAGUGAUGCAGACAAUUACAUUGAUGGAAUUUACAAUCUAUCUGCAAUAUUAAAGCUGAUCUCCCCCCCCCCCCCCCCCCCCCCCCCCCCCAAAAAAAAAGAAGAAGAAAUAAUUCAAAUGCAUAUUGUGGAAAUGUUUGUGACUGUAUACACUGUGGCCAGUUUAUUAGGUACACCACCUCGUUCACAAAAAUUGUUAGCUCCUGUGACAGUGAGUCACGUGGCUUGCUAUAUAAAUCAGGCAGACAGGCAUCAAGGCAUUCAGUUACUGUUCGAUUGAACGUUAGAAUGGGCAAAAUGAGUGACCUAAGCCAGUGCUUCUCAAACCUCUUCUCGGGGACCCCCAGCCAUUUCAUCUAUUCAAGAGCUAGCACACCUGAUUAAACUUGUCAACUAAUUAUCAAUCCCUUGACAAUGUGAAUCAGGUGAGUUAGUUGAGGGCUACUACAAAAUUGUGAAACGUCUGAGGAGAGGUUUGAGAACCAAUGACCUGAGCGACUUGGAGCUUAAGCAGCAUGAGUCCUGCCUGGUUUCAAUGGUACAGGCUGGUGGCGGUGGUGUAAUGUUGUGGGGUAUGUUUUCCUGGCACACGUUAGGUCCCUUGAUUCCAAUUGAGCAAUGUGUCCAUGCCCCAAAGAAUUCAGGCAGUUCUGGAGGCAAAGGGGGUCCGAGCCGGUACUUGAUGGGUGUACCUAAUAAACUGGCCACAUGGUAUAUAUCUAGCUAGCGAAGUCCUUUUUAUCCAUCACCUAAAGAACGUUUUUCUCCGGUCUUUCAGGGUACAAAGAUGGAGAUGCCCCUGUUCCUGGCAAAGGGCUUGUAUGAGAGGAAGAGGCGUGUUGUCUCAGUGGAGCUGCCUAAGGUGUACAAAGAGGGCUGGAGGACUGUGUUCAACGCAGACCCCACUGUAGUAGACCUUCACAAGAUGGGGCCCUAUUACUAUGGCCUCGGCUCCCAGAUGCUGCACUUUGACAGCCCUGAGAAUCCAGAGAUUGCCCAGGCGGUGCUUCAGGUGAGUACAGCACAUAAACAUUUAUACCCUCUGUUAAGAAUUUCUCUGCAGUCCCUCUGUUAUCACCAUCUCACUGCUCACCCAACUCUCUUCUAACCAUAUCUCCUGCCUCAUUGCUUCUACUACUACCAUUGCCAAAUUAUUUAUCACUAAUCUUUAUCUAUUUGUACACUUUUAGUUGUACAAUAUCAGUAGAAUGUUUAUGAAUGAGUCACCACCCUGGCCAAGUGGUUGGACAUGCUGACAAACCCAUUCAGUGUUAUGUCCCAUAGUCGGCCACUAGGUGGUGCCAUGUGAUCUUGUCAUCAUUGACUAACAGGCUGUGUGUAGUGUUGUUUUGUUGCUGGGCAGACUGACAAAUCACAUCAGUCAUCUUUGAAAAUCAAUGACUUCUAGUGAAUCCAACAGGAUUAUUAGUAGUUUUUCUCUGCAUCCACGAAGGAUGACUGCAUUUCAUCAAAUGUUUUUAUUCACCUCUUCUAUCUCCCUGAGGUACAGUUGAAGUCAGAAGUUUACAUACACCUUAGCCAAAUACAUUUAAACUCAGUUUUUCACAAUUCCUGACAUUUAAUCCUAGUAACAAUCCCCUGUCUUAGGUCAGUUAGGAUCACUACUUAAUUUUAAGAAUGUGAAAUGUCAGAAUAAUAGUAGAGAAUUAUUUAUUUCAGCUUUCAUUUCUUUCAUCACAUUCCCAGUGGGUCAGAAGUUUACAUACACUCAAUUAGUAUUUGGUAGCAUUGCCUUUAAAUUGUUUAACUUGGGUCAAAUGUUUUGGGUAGCCUUCCACAAGCUUCCCACAAUACGUUGGGUGAAUUUUGGCCCAUUCCUCCUGACAGAGCUGGUGUAACUGAGUCAGGUUUGUAGGCCUCCUUGCUCACACACGCUUUUUCAGUUCUGCCCACAAACUUUCUAUAGGAUUGAGGUCAGGGCUUUGUGAUGGCCACUCCAAUACCUUGACUUUGUUGUCCUUAAGCCAUUUUGCCACAACUUUGGAAGUAUGCUUGGGGUCAUUGUCCAUUUGGAAGACCCAUUUGCGACCAAGCUUUAACUUCCUGACUGAUGUCUUGAGAUGUUGCUUCAAUAUAUCCACAUCAUUUUCCUUCCUCAUGAUGCCAUCUAUUUUGUGAAGUGCACCAGUCCCUCCUGCAGCAAAGCACCCCUACAGCAUGACGCUGCCACCAACAUGCUUCACGGUUGGGAUGGUGUUCUUCGGCUUGCAAGCCUUCCCCUUUUUCCUCCAAACAUAACAAUGGUCAUUAUGGCCAAACAGUUAUAUUUUUGUUUCAUCAGACCAGAGGACAUUUCUCAAAAAAGUAUGAUCUUUGUCCCCAUGUUGCAAACUGUAGUCUGGCUUUUUUAUGGUGGUUUUGGAGCAGUGGCUUCUUCCUUGCUUCGUGGCCUUUCAGGGUAUGUCGAUAUAGGACUCGUUUUACUGUGGAUAUAGAUACUUUAGUACCUGUUUCCUCCAGCAUCUUCACAAGGUCCUUAGCUGUUGUUCUGAGAUUGAUUUGCACUUUUCGCACCAAAGUACGUUCAUCUCUAGGAGACAGAACGUGUCUCCUUCCUGAGUGGUAUGACAGCUGCGUGGUCCCAUGGUGUUUAUACUUGCGUGCUAUUGUUUGUACAGAUGAACGUGGUACCUUCAGGCAUUUAGAAAUUGCUCCCAAGGAUGAACCAGACUUGUGGAUGUCUACAAUUUUGUUUCUGAGGUCUUGGCUGAUUUCUUUUGAUUUUCCCAUGAUGUCAAGCAAAGAGGCACUGAGUUUGAAGGUAGGCCUUGAAAUACAUCCACAGGUACACCUCCAAUUGACUCAAAUGAUGUCAAUUAGCCUAUCAGAAGCUUCUAAAGCCAUGACAUCAUUUUCUGGAAUUUUCCAAGCUGUUUAAAGGCACAGUCAACUUAGUGUAUGUAAACUUCUGACCCACUGGAAUUGUGAUACAGUGAAUUAUAAGUGAAAUAUUCUGUCUGUAAACAAUUGUUGGAAAAAUUACUUGUCAUGCACAAAGUAGAUGUCCUAACCGACUUGUCAAACGAUAGUUUGUUAACAAGAAAUUGGUUGAAAAACGAGUUUUAAUGACUCCAACCUAAGUGUAUGUAAACUUCCGACUUCAACUGUAUGUAUACGGGUUAUGUGUCAUUGGUUGUGUUUGUAUUAACCUCCCUCUUUAUUCACUUCUUGUAUUUUCUUGAGCUCUUGGUAUGGUGUCGUGGAAAUUCUAAUCGAUAAUGAGGAGAGACCAGGUCAACCACCAAUCAGGAUAUUACUUUAUUCAAAACGUGUUAAUAAGUGAGGCUGGUCGACCCAACACUCUUGACUGUUGGGUUGAGAGCUCUGGCAUACAGACAAUACAAAUAUAUUUUAUAGCACGAUACACCCUCCCAGUCUACAUGACAAACAGCAGAUGUGUGGAAUGAGUCAAAAGGUGAGACUUGAUAUAUGAGAAAGGAGUAUCUCCCAUCCAGAUAGCAUUUGCUAUGAAGACUGUUCUUAUUGCAUGGAAACCAGAGUUUGGCCCCCAAGACAAGGUUCCUGUCAUCAUAAUCAAUUCCCGAGCCAUCUCUCCCUGGUACCUUACAUUACACAAACACCAACUCAUUCUAUGGAAUGCAUGUUGUAGGUUUUAUCAUCAAACCAUUAGUAAAUCAAUUGUCAGCUCCAGAUACCCCUAUUUCGAGUAAAACCCAUGUCCUUGACCACACGCCUAGACUAGCUGCAGGGAGCUGGAGUAGAAACCAUCCCUUUACAAAAACACAGUAUAUAAUUGUUAAUUAUUAAUAUUAAACAAAGCAGGUAAACAUGUUACAUGUACAUUUUUCUCUCACAAUGGUUGUGUGUUUCUCGUUGGUUGUGUUGAUGUGAAACAUUAUAUUCUCAUGGCUUAACCCAAUUAUGUUUAUAAACCCUGGAUUGCUGAUGCUAUGUAUUGGCCAGUGAGAGUCUUUGAAGCCACCAGUCGGCCAUAUUGGCACACUCCAGUAGGAGUAGUCCUCCAUAGGAAUGAAUGGAAUUCUACAGUAUUUCAAUUAAAUCUUUCAAGGACAGAAUUACAUGUAUUUAAGUAAUUUUUUUGUGGUGGGGAGAGUAACAUUAGUUAUCUCAAAUAUUUUUUAAAUAUAUAUUUAUUUGUAGCUCACAUAAUAUAAUUUAAAAGUAUGCAUUUAAAGGUGCAAUAGUCUCCCGAGUGGCGCAGCGGUCAAAGGCACUGCAUCGCAGUGCUAAAGGCCUGGGUUCGAUCCCAGGCUGUAUCGCAGCCCAAUUUCAGUUUGUGACAAAAGAAGCAUAGAGAAUCAUUGUACCAUCUAAACCGCUGUGAAAUGUACACUGCUCAAAAAAAUUAAGGAAACACUAAAAUAACACAUCCUAGAUCUGAAUAAAUGAAAUAAUCUUAUUAAAUACUUUUUUCUCUACAUAGUUGAAUGUGCUGACAACAAAAUCACACAAAAAUUAUCAAUGGAAAUCAAAUGUAUCAACCCAUGGAGGUCUGGAUUUGGAGUCACCCUCAAAAUUAAAGUGGAAAACCACACUACAGGCUGAUCCAACUUUGAUGUAAUGUCCUUAAAACAAGUCAAAAUGAGGCUCAGUAGUGUGUGUGGACUCCACGUGCCUGUAUGACCUUCCUACAACGCCUGGGCAUGCUCCUGAUGAGGUGGCAGAUGGUCUCCUGAGGGAUCUCCUCCCAGACCUGGACUAAAGCAUCCGCCAACUCCUGGAGAGUCUGUGGUGCAACGUGGCGUUGGUGGAUGGAGCGAGACAUGAUGUCCCAGAUGUGCUCAAUUGGAUUCAGGUCUGGGGAACGGGCGGGCCAGUCCAUAGCAUCAAUGCCUUCCUCUUGCAGGAACUGCUGACACACUCCAGCCACAUGAGGUCUAGCAUUGUCUUGCAUUAGGAGGAACCCAGGGCCAACCGCACCAGCAUAUGGUCUCACAAGGGGUCUGAGGAUCUCAUCUCGGUACCUAAUGGCAGUCAGGCUACCUCUGGCGAGCACAUGGAAGGCUGUGCAGCCCCCCAAAGAAAUGCCACCCCACGCCAUGACUGAACCACCGCCAAACCGGUCAUGCUGGAGGAUGUUGCAGGCAGCAGAACGUUCUCCACGGCGUCUCCAGACUCUGUCACAUGUGCUCAGUGUGAACCUGCUUUCAUCUGUAAAGAGCACAGGGCGCCAGUGGCGAAUUUGCCAAUAUUGGUGUUCUCUGGCAAAUGCCAAACGUCCUGCAUGGUAUUGGGCUGUAAGCACAACCCCCACCUGUGGACGUCAGGCCCUCAUACCACCCUCAUGGAGUCUGUUUCUGACCGUUUCAGCAGACACAUGCACAUUUGUGGCCUGCUGGAGGUCAUUUUGCAGGGCUCUGGCAGUGCUCCUCCUGCUCCUCCUUGCACAAAGGCGGAGGUAGCGGUCCUGCUGCUGGGUUGUUGCCCUCCUACGGCCUCCUCCACGUCUCCUGGUGUACUGGCCUGUCUCUUGGUAGCGCCUCCAUGCUCUGGACACUACGCUGACAGACACAGCAAACCUUCUUGCCACAGCUCGCAUUGAUGUGCCAUCCUGGAUGAGCUGCACUACCUGAGCCACUUGUGUGGGUUGUAGACUCCGUCUCAUGCUACCACUAGAGUGAAAGCACCGCCAGCAUUCAAAAGUGACCAAAACAUCAGCCAGGAAGCAUAGGAACUGAGAAGUGGUCUGUGGUCACCACCUGCAAAACCAGUCCUUUAUUGGGGGUGUCUUGCUAAUUGCCUAUAAUUUCCACCUGUUGUCUAUUCCAUUUGCACAACAGCAUGUGAAAUGUAUUGUCAAUCAGUGUUGCUUCCUAAGUGGACAGUUUGAUUUCACAGAAGUGUGAUUGACUUGGAGUUACAUUGUGUUUAAGUGUUCCCUUAAUUUUUUUGAGCAGUGUAUUUUCAUUAACCAAAACUAUCGUAUUUUCAGCUGUUUGAAGCUGGUGCCCAAAACUGAAAGUAAAAGAUGCAGAAAUAUAAGAACGGGAAGCAUAGAAAUGGCGCACAUAGAACAGAUCUACUGCUUCUUAGACUUGCUUUCAAUGUGAAUGACAUAUCUAUAACUUACAUUUCUAUGUGAAUUUGGUCCGGGCGCCCAAAAAGUUACAUAUUGCAGCAUUAAGGUGUCUGUAAUAGAAUAAAUGUGGCAAAAACGAAUAUAAACAUUGAUAAAUGCAUUUCUAUAGCUGUAUUUCUUUUUUUUCAAUAGAUGGAGGCACUGUGGCUUCAACACAGCUCCCUCUAGCAAGCAUCUAGUGUGUGUGUGUAUAUAUACACGUAAAGUGUUGGUCCCAUGUUUCAUGAGCUGAAAUAAAAUAUCUCAAUUUUCCAAACGCACAAAAAGCUUAUUUCUCUCAACUUUUGUGCAUACAUUUGUUUACAUCCCUGUUUGUGAGCUAUUUAGCCUUUCAAGAUAAUCCAUCCACCUGACAGGUGUGACAUAUCAAGAAGAUGUUUAAACUGCAUGAUCAUUAUACAGGUGCGCCUUGUGCUGGUGACAGUUAAAGGCCACUCUAAAAUGUGCAGUUUUGUCACAACACAAUGCCACAGAUGUCUGAAGUUUUGAAGGGGUGUGCAAUUGUCAUGACUGCAGGAAUGUUCACCAGAGCUGUUGCCAGAUAAUGAAUUGUUGAUUUCUCUACCAUAAGCCACCUCCGUCUUUUUAGAGAAGUUGGCAGUACGUCCAACUGGCUUCACAACCGCAGACCACGUGUAACCACUCCAGCUCAGGAACUCCACAUCCAGCCUCUUCACCUGUUGGCAUAUGCCCUCCCAGGCCUACCCAUGGCUGCGCCGCUGCCCAGUCAUGUGAAAUCCAUAGAUUAGGGCCUAAUUAAUUUAUUUCAAUUGACUGAUUUCCUUAUAUGAACAGUAACUCAGGAAAAUCUUUGACAUUUUUGUAUGUUGCGUUUAUAUUUUUGUUCAGUAUAAAUCAUUGGCUAAACCUCUUCACCUCCAGACAUUCAUUGGUCGUUUCCGCCGGACCAUGGAUUCCUCCCAGAAUGCCUACAACGAAGACACGUCAGCCCUGGUGGAGCGCUUGGAUUACCUGGAGAGGGCGCUGUUCAGGGCGGGGCAGAGCGGCCUCAACAGCUUCCAGAACUGGGAGAGGGGCCGCGCAUCAACAAUCACUGCCUCUAGCCUG